AUGGCAAAAUGGGUCGGGCCCGAUGGACCGGCCCGCCAGCCCGACAAAAAACCACGGGCCGGGUCAAGAAAUUCAACCCGCCAACCCAAUACAGCCCGGCCCGUCAAGCCUGCUGCAUCCCUCACACUCACACACUCUGUCUGCGCUCCCCACCCACCCACCCACCCAAUCUCUCCCUCCGCGCACUCUCUCUGUUUGCGAUUUCCAUUCUCAGGGCUCGCUUCUCUUCCACUGACGUCGCCGCUGGCCACCGCGAAACACACAGGCCACCACGUCGUCGUCGCUAACCAUACCCGCUUCUCUUCUCCUCCACCUUCACAUCCACCACGCGUUGGCUAUUUCGAGAAAACAGCGUCCACGACCACCGCGAAAACAGCGGAGCCACCGUCGGACUGUGAUUGGCGGACGAUUUCGACCGCCACGACCACCACGAACACAGAAAUCAAGAGUGAAGAAACGAUAAUGAGACCUGUUUCUCAGAAAUGGGGCUACAUUCGAAUCAUGGCCGGUACAAUCCUUGGAGGCAUCCUCGGAUUCUACGUUAUGCACCGUGUUGAAUCUAACUACAAGGAGAGAAUGAACGAGAGGCUGAGAAACUAUGAGGCUGAAUUGAGGAGGAAGAAGGACGAGAGAUUGAACGAGUUUGAGGAAUCCUCCAAGUUUUGAAAAAUUGUGGUUUUCUUUUCUUACUUUUUGAUGUUCUCUUUUUCUUUUUAUGUUUGAUUUAUGAGAAUAAUUGGAAAAAUUCUAUCUUUGUAUACUAGAACAUCUUUAACGAUGUAUAGUUUCUCCCUUUUCAUAUGUUGUUGAAAGGGCUUAAAAGCCUUACUAUUAACCCAAUUUCAUAGAACUGAAACAUGCAGCUUGCGUCAAACCUAAGAAAGAGAUUUGUAUAGUAGAAGAUAAUGCAGAUAAAUGUAUUAUGUUUGAAUUUAAUGGUGAUUAAUUUAUGUUGGAA